GUUUUUCUUUUCUACCGCUUGAUAACACUUAGGACAAUGUUAAAAUAAUUAGGUCAGUGGAUUUAAUCAAUUAUUUUUAUAACAAAGAAAAACUCAGACUUGCUCGACAUUUCUCAUUUUUCAAGUAAGCUUCCCUUAAAACAUUUGUCUAGAUAGCGGAUUUUAGUUUAUACUAUACCUCAAUAGAUAGCGUUACUGUACUGAUUGGAUCUUUCUCGAGAGAGGGGGUAAUAAACAGGCAGAGAGAAAAUGUCGGAAGAGACCGCAGUACGUACUGUUAGCUGUUGGUGUGUUGUUCUCGGGUCCUGUUUGUUUUGUUUUCAUAUCGUGUUUAAAUCAUGUAGCUACAAAUGACUUUUCAACUCUAAGUUUCAAAAUGGUCCGUUUGAAAAGAUUUCUUCAUGCGUUAAUAGCAAUUACAGUUAUAGCUACUAUUUAUAUUCUUACACAGGAAAAACGAUCAGUUGAACUUGAAGCUUUUAAACAGGAAAUCGGCUGGCAGGAAAGAGCUCCUCGUUCGCUUUCCAACGAUUACGAAUCUAAUGCCAUCGAAGUCCUUAAAUCGACGGCUACGCCUUCUCCGACUACCGCAACUGUCCGCGAUCUUUUCAUCAGUAUCAAAACAACAGUGCAUUACCAUCAAGCGAGGCUUCCUAUAAUCCUGAAAACAUGGUUUCAGCUGGCACCAGAACAGAUAUUUGUGGUCAAACAUGAGAUCGGCGCUUCUUGCUUCAGAAUCCGCUGGGAUUCAAAUCCGCUUCGCAAAAGGUAA